AGAUGGUCGACAUAAAUCCCGAAGACAAACUUGAGUUCGUUUUGUUUAUGUGUGUACUGUUUGCAUUUCGGAUAAACAAACACGGCGUGCAAGUUAUUCAAAACACUCGACUGUCAUCCGUAUUGUCGUAGCACUUAGCAAUGAUGAAUUCUGAUUUUUUUAUUUAUAUAUUUGAUGCGCUUGUAAUCCACGGAGGUCAUCGCAUUGGUCCAAACACCCCGUUAUUUCACCUGUUACUGAGCCGAUAAGCCUCAUGUGCUUAUCCAGAAAUGGGCGGGUGCAGCGAGUCCGGGACAUGCCCGGACAUGAACGCAGACAGACGGACAGCUCAGCAAAGAUAGUCUGCUACCGCUAGGCGUCGGAAAUACAGUCACGCUUUGACUUGUCAUGCCCAAACCCGCCCAGGACAUGAUGAUCACCUCGGUGGAUUCUAGCCCUGACAUGCCUCUCUGCGCCUAUUUAAACCAUAGACCGGCUCUUCACCGGCUCCUACUCAUCACCAACCCAGAGCUCAAGCACUUUAUGUACAGAUAGUAAAGUAUAUGUUUUAGCAAGAAUACUCAAUUUACCUCUUUUUGCACAGAUAACUACCAAAAUGGCAACAGAGAGUUGUUUAAGCAGUUCUCAGAUCAGCAAGGUUGACAACGAGAAACUGGUAAGACCAAAGGUGCAAUUGAAAAGCCUGUUAGAGGAUGCAGGUGCAGAUAAAGAUGUUUUCACCAUGAAGGAGGUUAUGUUUUAUUUAGGGAAAUAUAUCAUGAGCAAGGAGUUAUAUGACAAGCAGCAGCAACACAUAGUUCACUGUGGAGAGGAUCCUCUCGGUGCUGUUCUUGGAGUGAAAAGUUUUUCAGUUAAAGAGCCGCGUGCCCUCUUUGCAUUGAUCAACAGAAACCUUGUCACAGUGAAAAAUCCAGAAUCACAGUCUACCUUCUCUGAACCCAGGAGUCAAAGUGAACCAGAUCGAGGACCCGGGGAUACAGAUUCAGACUCUCGCUCAUCUACCUCACAACAGCAGCGCAGGAGGAGGAGAAGCAGUGAUCCUGAGAGUUCUUCAGCUGAAGACGAGUCUAGAGAACGCAGGAAGAGGCAUAAGUCGGACAGCUUUUCCCUGACAUUUGAUGACAGCCUGUCUUGGUGCGUGAUUGGUGGCCUGCACCGGGAGAGGGGGAACAGCGAGUCUUCGGAUGCAAACAGCAACUCGGAUGUAGGUAUAUCUCGCAGUGAGGGCAGUGAGGAGAGCGAAGACUCAGACUCUGAUUCUGAUAACUUUAGUGUGGAGUUUGAGGUGGAGUCCAUCAACUCUGAUGCUUACAGUGAGAAUGAUGUGGAUUCUGUCCCAGGAGAGAACGAGAUAUAUGAAGUCACAAUCUUCGCAGAAGACGAAGACUCUUUUGAUGAAGAUACUGAGAUAACCGAGGCAGGAUUCACAGGGACCAAACUAACUAUUAAUGAGGACUACUGGAAGUGUCCCAAAUGUGACCAGUUCAACCCUCCUCUUCCUCGACACUGCAAAACCUGCUGGACCGUCCGAGCUGAUUGGCUUCCAGAAACACACUCCAACUGGGAAAACCUUUCAAGAAAUACUCGAACCAACCCCGAAGACACCAGCGUCACCACAACUCCCAACACAACCUUCGAAAAGAAACUCUCCAAACCCUCAAGCCCUCUCCCAGAAACAGAUGAUGGAGUGGACGUACCCGACGGCAAGUGCUUUCCAUCUCCUGCCACUACCAAAGAUGAGCUUCCCUCCUCUGCUACCAUUACUGACUCUCAGACCACAUCAUCACAGCCCUCCACUUCCUCCGGCGGGGGCAGCAGUCAGGAAGAGACCCCCGAGCUGGAGCGCUUCAACAGUCUGGAGGCCUGCCUUCCCGCUACGUGCCUAGAACCCUGCGUCAUCUGUCAGAGUCGCCCCAAGAACGGCUGCAUUGUUCACGGAAGGACUGGGCACCUUAUGGCGUGCUACACAUGUGCCAAAAAAUUAAAAAACCGGAACAAGUUGUGUCCGGUGUGCCGAGAGCCCAUUCAGUCAGUGGUGUUGACUUACAUGAGCUGAGGCACUGAAAUAUACCUCCUCCUGUCCUUAAAUGAAGUUUGGGAGUUGCCUUGUGGUUGUAUUAGAUAUAAACGUUUGUUUUCAAAUUCAAUAUUUGUAAUGAUUCAAUAUUUUUUUCUUAUUGAAUACCUAAUUUUAUUUAUGACUCGUCGAUUUCACUCACACGUUUUGUAAUAAAUUCACACACUUAUAUUUUAAGGAUUGUGUUAGAAUUGAAACAAAAGCUUGUGAGGUGCUGUAUUGAUUAAAUAGUCUAAUAGAAAUGUUUGUAAUUUAAUUUAUGUACAUGCAGAUGUAGAGGUUUUUGAGUUGUUUGCUGCACUGAAAAAGAGUUCCCCGAGCUCAUUUAAAAAUGUUCUUAUGAUAUUUCGGCUGCGAAGACUGUCUUAUUUUCUUUCAGAAAGACAUAAUAAAUGAUUAUUUUGAGGUUCUUCUGCUUUUACAGAUGA